AUGCUCAUGCUAGCAUGUCCUAGUUUUCUACCCAACAAUAAAGAAUUUAUGUUUUCUCGACGGUGCAUAUGGGUGAAUGGACCAGUGAUAGUUGGGGCUGGUCCCUCAGGUCUGGCCGUUGGUGCAGGCCUUAAAAACCAAGGUGUGCCCUUCAUAAUCCUUGAACGAGCCGACUGCAUUGCUUCACUUUGGCAGAAACGGACUUAUGAUCGGCUUAAGCUUCAUCUUCCUAAGCAAUAUUGCCAGUUACCCUACUUCCCAUUCCCAGAUGAUUUCCCCGAGUACCCUACUAAACACCAGUUCAUAAAAUAUCUUGAAUCAUAUGCAAAACACUUUGAUAUAAACCCAAAUUUCAAUGAGACAGUGCAGUCGGCUAAGUACGAUGAAACUUUCGGUUUAUGGCGAGUCAAAACCAUCUCAACAGGCGGUCCGAUUCCGGUGGAAGUCGAAUAUAUUUGCCGGUGGCUUGCAGUAGCCACAGGAGAGAAUGCGGAGAAAGUAGUUCCGGAAUUCGAAGGCUUGGAAGAUUUUGGUGGCCAUGUUACACAUGCUUGCGACUACAAAUCUGGUAAAAGUUAUUUUGGAGAGCGUGUUCUAGUAGUUGGAUGUGGGAAUUCAGGCAUGGAAGUUUCUCUGGACCUCUGCAACCACAAUGCGAAUCCAUCGAUGGUUGUUCGAAGCUCGGUCCAUGUGUUGCCGAGGGAAGUUUUUGGUUCAUCAACUUUUGAAUUUGCCGUCUCAUUGAUGAAAUGGCUACCCCUUUGGCUUGUUGACAAGAUACUGAUCAUUUUAGCCUAUCUAAUACUUGGAAAUAUUGAAAAAUAUGGUCUGAAAAGGCCUUGUUUGGGACCUCUAGAGCUCAAAAACACUGCAGGGAAGACACCAGUAUUGGACAUUGGUGCAUUGCAGAAGAUUAAAUCUGGGAAAAUCAAGAUUGUCCCAGGGAUCAAAAAGUUCUCAAGGGGAAAAGUUGAGCUUGUCAGUGGCCACACUCUUGAUAUUGACUCUGUUAUCCUUGCAACUGGCUAUCGAAGCAAUGUUCCUUCAUGGCUUAAGGAAAAUGAAUUAUUUUCAAAUGAUGGGGUACCAAAGAAUCCAUUCCCUAAUGGGUGGAAAAGCAAGGGAGGGCUAUAUGCAGUUGGAUUCACAAGGAGAGGUCUUUCAGGUGCAUCUUUGGAUGCCAUUAGUGUAGCACUUGACAUUGCCAAAACCUGGAAAGAUGAAACUAAGCAGAAGAAAAAAUCUGUUGCUGCAAGGCAUAGGAGGUGCAUUUCACACUUCUGA